ACUCCUGAUGGCGCUGUUAUAGCGUGAACUAUGGCUGGCGGUAUUUAGGAAGCUCUGGCUUCUGUAUGUAGGCAAGAUGAGCCAUAACACACAUUUUCGUGCAAACAAACAGCUUUGUGAAAUCGCCCUCAGACACCCGCUCCAGCUGACAGCAUUAUCCUGGUUGCUAUGGACUACAAUUCAGACACUUCCUGUUAUUGGACGGUGGCCGACUGGGAACUGUGGCGCAUGCGCCCUCGGCCGCCCAGCGCUCGCCUUCGUCCCGUUAGUCUGCUCCUGGACCGGCGGGUCUUAUCGGAGGAGCGCAGACUCUCCCGCCUGGAGACAUCCCUGCUCUUCCAUGUACAACAGCGGGCAGCUAUGGGCAGGAGAAGACCGAUCAAUGGUCAGCCGCAUGCAGAAGAAGUUUUGGGAAACAAAACAAGUGUUAAUCAAGGUUACAGGGAAGAAAGAGGAUGAACAUGUGGUUGCAUCAGAUGCAAAGCUGGAUGCUAAGCUUGAGAUCUUUCAUUCAAUUCAAACAACAGGAUCAGAAUUGCUUAAAAUAAUUGAAAAAUAUCAUCAAGCGCUCAAUGCUUUGUCCUUGGAAGAAAAUGAUUUUGGUUUGCACUUGAAAGUACAUGCCCAACAAAACAGUACCCGAGCUGGAAAAAUGAUGAAAGUCACUGGUGAUGCUUUGUGCUCAUCUGCUGGCCAGAGGUUAUCCUUGUGUGCUCCACUUUCACGGCUUCAGCAAGAAAUGGCCACCUUUACUAACCGAGCUGUCUCAGAUACAUUACUGACAAUCAACCAAAUGGAAAAGGCACGGACUGAAUACAGAGGAGCCCUUCUGUGGAUGAAGGAUGUCUCCCAAGAGUUAGACCCUGACACCUAUAAGCAAAUGGAGAAAUUCAGAAAGGUGCAAAUUCAAGUAAGAAAUACCAAGAGCCAUUUCGACAAAACAAAAAUGGAUGUAUGCCAGAAAGUAGACCUUCUCGGAGCUAGCCGAUGCAACUUGCUAUCACAUUCACUUGCCUCCUAUCAGACAACACUUUUGCACUUUUGGAAGAAGACCGCACAUCUAAUGUCUGAAAUACAGGAGGAAUUUCAAGAGCUGCUUCCAUAUACCCCAUCCUGCCUGAAGGCUUCGAAGCAAAACUUUCAACAGGAUAAUGUGGAGAAUACAGGCAGCAGUGGGGACGAUCAGUUGGUGGAUAAUCACAUGCUGCUUACAUUACAAGGACAAACACUAAACAAUUCAGAAGCAAUAUCUGAUAAUAUGAAUAGCAAUCUAUUUCACUUUGAGGAGCCAGAAAAGGACACUCAAAUAGACCCAAAGCACCUUUUAUUGGACAAUAUAGAAGAGGAGGAUUUUGAUCAGGAAUUCUCGUUUCUAAGUUUGCAGCCCCCUAUGUCUCCAGAGUUUUCACAGGAAGAACAAGAUAUUUUUGGUUCUGGUGAAUCAAGCUCGUGGACAAAACAGUCGAAGAGUUUGUCUGGAUAUCUUCCGUCAUACCUACUCGAUAUGGGACUUCAAUCUGCCGGGGGACUUAGUAACUGGACAAUCCCAGGUUUGUCUUCAAGUGGCAGCAAGUCUGACUAUUCUCUACAGAAAACUCCUGAUGCUCCAGUCCAAAACCCAAAGGCAGGAAAUUCAGACAUGUCAGCAUGGUUAAACAUGUUUGCAGAUCUUGACCCGCUCGCAAGCAUUGGUGCCACCAGCCCUUCAGACAAUGAACUUUUCAGUGCGUGACAGGAUAAAUGUUGAUGCGAAGGGAUCGCUGUUGUGGACCCCAGCAAUCCAAGAUGAGAGAAUACCUUUUGAACUGUGCAGGAGAUUAACAAAUUCUUAAAGAGCUUUCUGUGAAGUUCCCAUCUUUCCCCAGUUAUCAGUAUUGUAGUUUGAUUACAUCUUCCAAAAAAAGAGGUUUUAUUUUACAGGGGAACUUUACAUUCAAAGAGUGUUGCUACAGAUUUGCAAAUUAAUUUCACAGAAAUGCUUUCUGGAGCAGUCUUUACCAUUUCUCUCACAUUUGUAGAAUUCUCAAUCAUUCUCCUUCACUUAUUUUACAUUUGGUAACAGAAUGUUUAUAUGAUAUUAUAGGUAAAUGAGAAGAAUUCUUGGUAAAAACUAAAUCUGGAA